AUGCUCGCACACUGCCGCGACACCCGCCCCGCCGCUGUCUCAGCCGCAGCCGCAGACAUCUCCAGGAUCCUCGACCCAUCGUACCUCCCCUCCUCCUCCACCCGGCCCUCCCCCACAUUCACCCGCGCGUACGUCGACAAGAACGGCGACCUCCACGACCCGGACUACCGCCACUUCCCCUCCCCCGCACACAAGCUCCCGCAGAGGCAGAAGCAGCACUCGCUCUCGAGCUCCUAUUCGCAUAGCAGCGCCAGCAGCGCGUCGAGGGUCAGUCCGAGCACGACGAGCUCGAACACCCGGCGCCCGCAGUUCGAUUGGGAGAUCGACCUCGACGAGUCCGCGCUCGAUGACGAGUCUGAGGAGUGGCAGAACCACCACCAGCGAAACAGAUAUAGCGCACCACCCACCCGCUCCUGGUCUACCUCGAGCCACACGACGAACAACAACGCCUACACCACCCGUCCGCGGGAAUCGUCGUUUUCCACCAUGUCCAUGUACACGCCCACAUCCACGUACUACUCGCCGACAGGGACAUCCUCGACGCUGCCCACGUCGUACGAAGACGACACGGACGCGGUGCUCUCCGAGUCGCCGUUCGAAGAAAAAGUGCAUGCGCUCCAACGCGAGCGGGAGCGGGAGAAGAAGCACCGGCGCCGGCUGUCCAAGGGCGAUCGCGAGAAGGAGCGGAUGAGGCUUCGAGAGGAGAAAGAGCGCGCGCAGCGCCAGGAAGAUGAAGAGCGCGAGGUGCGCGAGAUGCGCGAGAAGAUGGAGUGUCAGGAGGAGGAGACGACGCGCCAGCGCCGCAUGUCCGUUGAGCGGCCUUUGUCUGCGGGAGCAGGGAGAAGGGCGAGUCGGCAGGUGUAUGAUUUGGACGAAGAUGACGACGCGUUCGUCACUGCGCGCGAAGAAUCCACUAUCCUGGACGACGCCGACGACGACUCGGCGCACCUACGCGCACCCACCCUCGUCUCGCGCGUGCGCUCGCGGUCACGCUCAAGGUCCGCGGCCAAGAACACCGCGACAAGUACCCUCGCACCAACGGCGCAGGAGAGCGAGUACGUCCCGUCGUGCACGCAGAGCCUAAAGCGGCAGUGGCAGGCGUUCGCGCUCGGAUUCAGGUUCGGCGUCUUCAGAGCGCAGAGGCGCGUCAUGCGCCGCGUGGCGUCGUUGAUGUGA